AGGAUUUUCGCACUGAGCAGUGCAAAGCUGGAGAAUGUCGGCGGCAUCAUCCAAUUCUUCGGGAGAUUGUACGGAAAAGAUGGAAAAGAAUCGUGAAGAAGCUGAAAAGGAAGGACUCGUCUCGAAAAGAAAUCUGGAGGAUUCGCAGAACGAAGAACACACUUCUAGAGCUAAGCGAAAAAAGGCGACAAAAUCUGGUACAGAUAUACAAUGGAAAUUUUGGUAAGCUUGAUAAUUCGGCUUAAAAUAAGCUUAUAUUCUCUAACUAAUGAAAGACCAGUGAUAAAAACACCAGGCGUUUUGCAAUCUGCCCUGGAACUUAAAUCUGGACAAAAGCGGUUGCAGAGUUUGCAUUGUUUUUGUGUUAGCUACCGUAUUCUAGAAAACCUUAAUCUUGCUUGCUUGCUUGCUUGUUUGCUGAGAGUGCACUAAAUUCUAAGCCUUUGAUUGAUAAUAUCAAAAAUUAAGGAAUAGACUACAAGCUAGCGUGGUGUAUUACAAUUGGUUAUCAGUAUGGUCUUAUGACCCCUUAUACACUAUAUACUGCUCAAUUCUGAAAUGGGACGACUCCUAUGCAAUGCACAACUGCUCGCCCCCAACCCAGACCUCUCCGUUAUUAGUGUCCAGAUUCAUCACAGGUAGCCCAACCUCAAAAUAUGAGCGUCGGCGAACAUCAGCAUUGUUGCGAAAUGUUAUAUAUUUUGAAUGUUACGCAACAAUGCCGAUGUUCGCCUUUGUUCAUAUUUCCAGCUUGGGCUACCUGUGGAUUCAAAUUAAGAGAUUAGUAUUCAUGCUAAUGUUGGCUAGAAGAGAUUUAACCUUACCUGGGCUACUUAUCUUCUUGGGAGGGAGGUACUCUUGCCUAGUCCCUAGGUCUCAUUAUUCCACGCGGGCUAUGCAUUUUGUAUCACAUGGUCUGGGCGAUAUCAUCUCAGAUACAUCACCGACAUGAAUUGACCAAGCAUGCCUGGUACAGUGACUGGGUAAGGGCGGGGAUACUCCAAAUUUAUGUUUGACGAAAGGUGUAAAUGAGGUCAUAAAUACCCCCCUCCCCCCCUCAAAACCCCCAAAAUCCCUUAGACUUAGAGGGAAACCUGUAAUACUGUGCCUGAACCAAAAUAUAUUAAUAACACAAAAAUUCCCUUUCCGAAGUUCAAGAAUGAAAGCAUAGUAGAGCAAAACCACUCAGAGAAAUUUAAACAAAGCCUCCCUUUAACAGCCAAGGGCACUUUUUUGGGUUUUUCUAAACUAUAAUACCACUGAAAGCCAUACACAGUGUAUCUGUAAAUUUGAUUUCAGGUUAAUUUUGAUUUUUUUAACUUAGGUUGAUUCUUAAUUUCCUUUGUCUGCUAGCCCUAAUUCGUGAAUAAUUAGGGCUAGGAGACAAAGGAAUCAACCUAGGUUAAAUCAAAAUUAACCUAAGAUCAUAUUUGACUUGUAACAUAUCUGUUGCACUAGUAUAUGGUACAUCUUGUUAAAGUGACCAUAUGUACAGGUGAAGACAAUAAUAAUAAUUAUUAUUAUUAUUAAUAUUAUUAUGAUAAAUUUAUUAUUAUAAAAGAACUUGUUGGGACUUCAGAAAAGGUGGCCGCAAUUGCAUAAUAGACAUGACCGCUUGAUACAGGUCAGUUGUACAGUAAUUAUAGGAAACUUUGGUAAGUGCGCUUCUGGGAGAAUUAUCAUUUAUUUCCUUGGGUUGUAUUGCUUCGGUAACAUUGAGAUCAAAUCAUAUCAUUUACAUUACGAAGGCAGCGAGGUCGAGCAGUUAGAGCGCUGGACUUGUGAACUUGAAUAAUUAAGUAUGUUAUUAUUAUUAUUAUUAUUAUUAUUAUUAAUAUUAUUAUUAUUAUUCAAAAAUAGAGGGUGACUGCAUAAAUUAUAGAGGUUUGAUUCUAAUUGCAAGUAAUGAAUAUUAAUAUUGUACUGUACUUCUUUCAAAAGAAGAUGACUGUAGUUUUGUUAUUAACUUUGUACUUAAUUCUUGCUUUGUGUAACAUUUCUCAAGGGUCUUGAAGAACUACAGUUUUCAAGAAGGAAGUCUAACCCCUCUAAAGGACAUUCUAGAAUGUGCUGGAAGAGAGAAGGAAGAGUUUGGGUUUCGUACCGAUCUCAAGUUACACACCAUGGGUAGGAUCCUAAGUGAUAUAUGGGAUGGCAAGGUCAAGCGUGUAAGAAGAGGUCCACGUGGUGAUCAAAAGACCCAUUACAUGAACAUGACUCUUAAACAAAAUCAAGUGUGGUCUGUUGAUGAUGACUUGGUGCUUGGUUUUGAAGAAAUGGCUAAAGACGAUUAUGUGCUGCCUAAAGGCUGGUUUAAAGUGGUGGACAACCCAAAGAAGAUCAGUCUAAUACGUCCUAGGACCUGGGAGUUUGAAAAGCGGCGAAUUUUGACUGAAAUAUCAAUGGAAUUGUGUUCAGAGAAAGGAGUUAAGUGUGUAAUCAAAUCCCAUGGAAAUGAAGUAAGUUUGGAGGACUUGAAAUUGCAAAAGAUUUGCAAGGAUUUGCCAGUGACAGCUCAAGCUAAAAUGAUUAUAGAGCUUCUUGAAAAUUCGGGCACUUGCCUUGGCUGUCGUUUUGAACAAGAAAUGAUGUCAAUGGUGCCACACAGAGUAGGAAUGUUCAGAUCAUUAACAGAUCCUGACGCUUCACCUCAAAGUGGCGCAUUUUCAUCCAAGUGUAAGUUAAUCUCACCAUCAGCUGCUCAUCAAUCAUGUACAUCUUGUUCUUAUCUAAAAAAGCUUGGUGAGAAGAGGAAGGAAAGAAGAGAAAAGAGACCUUCCAUUGACAAGCAUUGCAAUAAACGGUACCUUACAAAGGAAGAGAUCGAGUUGCAACUAAGAGAACAGCAAAGAAUAAAAAAAAAUAAGCAUCGUCGAGAGUUAUAUCAAAUGAGUGCUUCGGAGAGUGAAGAUGAUGAAAACCAGGAUUCAGAAAGUGAGGACAACAACAGCUCAUCGCCAGAAACCUGUGCUGAGGAGUGGGUGAUAAAAAAUGGCUCAGAAAAAUUGACCCUUUGCCGAAUGUAGGGAGUUAUCUGUUCAUCCACCCCGUUUUAAAUAGUUUUAAGAGGCUUGUUCGUGAUGACAGCUAUAAUGAUGAUGACAGUGGUCAAUGGUUCAUUGUUGUGAUGGUGAUGAUAAAUGAUGAUGUUGACCAACACUUAUGUUUUCAGAGGUUCCGAUGAUCACAAAAAUGAAGAUAGAGUUGAACGCCUUACAACCAACUCAUUUAUAGUCAUUAUAACCAAAAUUUUAUGGACCAACUUCAGUCAUGUUAAAAGCAUUCCACUCUAUAUGGAUUGCGCGUUGAUGUUGUGGUGGUGAUUUCUAUGAUAAUGGUAUUAGUGUAAUGAUGAUGUUGAUGAUACUGAUACUGGUGGUGGUGGUGGUGGUGGUGAUUGUGAUGAUUUGGUUACAAUACUGGGGACCACAUGGAGAGACCUUACCUAAAUUUUUCUGCAAAUUGAAAAAAUACAUAGAGAUGUUUAAAAACGUUCUUACAAGAUACAGUGCCUUUUUUGACACUAGAUCAGGAUUCUGCUUGUUUUAAGGAUUCGCAAGAGAUUUAUAGCAGUGAC